GCUACCUUUAUCGAAGUACAACAUAUCGACGCAACGACCUGAGCGCAGUUGGCAAAGCGAUAGCUGCACCGACAUCGCCGCAACAGAACAGAUCACUACCAAUACCUAUCUCCGACACCAAAGAUAUCGAAUAUGUCUUUCAUCAUGUGGGGCGGCCACGUCGUCGACACCCUGCGAGGCUACCUCGUCGAGACAAUCGUCUACCUCUACCUCCUUAGCAUCAUCCCACUGCACGAAAACCCGCUCAAGCCAGUGAGAGAACCCAUCCACGAGCCUGCACUACACUUUAAGCCCAUUUGGGAGGUGCUGCAGUCACCAAUUUCGUCGCUCCACGCCGUGCUGGAUGAGUUGCGAGACGUAGCGCGGGAUCCAAGUGGGCAGUUGAAGAUGCUGCUGGAGGCGGCGCGGGAGGAGAAGUCCCCGGUAAAGCCACUGGCUGACGCCCUUGAGAAUGCCGUAGAGUGAGUAUUUAUGUGUUGUGUUUGUAUUUGGAGAUGGGAUGCUGAUGAUACUAGGGAAUACGAGCAGAGGCAGAAGGAAGCGGAUUUGGAGAUUGAGAUUGCGUGGCGGGAGCUGAUAGAGACGUCGGAGCAUUAUGUGCACUGAGUAGGAAUGGGAAACGAGAAGGUGAGACUGAGGA